AUGUCAACAGCUCUACCACUUGGUAGUAAGGCAUUGAAUAGAGGUGGAGUUUCCAGUGAAAUUACAAUUGAAACAAAAGAUGCAGGAGAAAUGGGAAAAAUGUCUGUGGCGUAUCUUGGCAGCUCUUUUUUGGGUCAUAAUUUUCCAGAUAGAGGCCACCCUGACACGCCACCAAAACUAAUGCCCUCUAAAAUCAACAAAAGGAUGCAGAGACCCGAGGAUUUAGAUUUUCACCAAUCACAUGAUUUGAAUUCUUUGAAGUAUUUCUCUCUGGUGGCCCUAAUCUUACAGAAUGCUGCUCUUAUAUUGGUCAUGCGUUAUACACGCACCCAACAUGGGGAUAUGUAUUUAUCAAGUACAGCGGUGGUCAUGUCAGAAAUGUGUAAAUUAUUGACGUGUUGUGUAAUUAUAAUUUAUCAAGAAGGUGGUGUUGGCCAGUUUGUAAAAAUUCUAAAAACUGAUUUUAUAGACUGUCCUUUAGACUGUGUUAAAGUUUCGGUACCGUCUAUUAUUUAUAUUAUCCAGAAUAACCUAUUGUAUUUAGCUGUGUCUAAUUUAGAUGCUGCUACAUUUCAGGAAUUAUACCCGUCUCAUUGUGGUGGGAAAAAUCUGAAAAAUAUAAUCACGUCAUCCCCUAAUACACAAAAAUACAUGUGUACCAAGGGUAUAAAAACGGAUUGA